CUCGGCAGGCACCGCGCACCGCGCACCGCGCACCGCCCACCUCCCCGCCGGGCCGUCGGCCACCGGGCGCCCGAGGCUCAGAACCCGUCCAGCCAUGACGCGCGCUCCCGCUCUGGCCCUGCUGCUCCUGGGGCAGCUCCUGACGGCCACCUCCGCGCAGAAAAUGGGACCUCGAGGCCCCCCUGGUCCCCAAGGACCACCUGGGAAGCCCGGCAAGGAUGGCAUUGAUGGAGAUGCUGGCCCUCCAGGUCUUCCUGGGCCUCCGGGCCCCAAAGGGACCCCAGGAAAGCCAGGGAAGCCAGGAGAAGCAGGACUGCCAGGACUGCCUGGUGUGGAUGGUCUGACUGGGAGGGAUGGACCCCCUGGACCCAAAGGUACCCCAGGAGAGCGGGGAAGUCUAGGACCCCCUGGGCCACCAGGGCUUGGGGGCAAAGGCCUCCCUGGACCCCCAGGAGAGGCAGGAGUGAGUGGCCUCCCAGGUGGGAUUGGCCUGCGUGGCCCCCCGGGACCCUCUGGACUCCCAGGCCUGCCUGGACCCCCAGGACCCCCUGGACCUCCUGGAAACCCUGGGGUCCUCCCUGAAGGUGCGACUGAUCUGCAGUGCCCUGCCAUCUGCCCACCAGGCCCCCCUGGGCCCCCAGGAAUGCCAGGAUUCAAGGGGCCCGCUGGCUACAAAGGGGAGCAAGGAGAGGUUGGCAAGGAUGGUGAGAAGGGUAAUCCUGGUCCCCCUGGACCUCCUGGAAUCCCGGGCACUCUGGGACUACAGGGUCCACGAGGAUUACGAGGACUUCCAGGGCCUCUUGGGCCCCCUGGGGACCGGGGUCCCAUUGGGUUUCGGGGGCCCCCUGGGAUCCCAGGAGCGCCAGGAAAAGUGGGUGACAGAGGUGAGAGGGGCCCAGAGGGGUUCCGUGGCCCCAAGGGUGACCUGGGCAGAACCGGUCCCAAAGGAAUCCCCGGAGUGGCUGGACCUGGUGGAGAGCCAGGCAUGCCAGGCAAGGAUGGCAGGGAUGGAGUGCCAGGACUUGAUGGUGAGAAGGGAGAGGCUGGUCGCAGUGGUGCCCCUGGAGAGAAGGGUCCCAAUGGGCUGCCAGGCCUCCCUGGACGAGCAGGAUCCAAAGGCGAGAAGGGAGAACUGGGUAGACCUGGGGAGCUGGGUGAGGCUGGCCCCUCUGGAGAGCCAGGAAUCCCCGGAGAUGUUGGUGUUCCUGGGGAACGUGGUGAGGCUGGUCACAGGGGCUCAGUGGGGGCUCUUGGCCCACAGGGCCCUCCGGGGGCCCCUGGUGUCCGUGGCUUCCAGGGCCGGAAGGGCAACAUAGGAGAUCCUGGUCUUCCAGGCCCCCAAGGCCUCCGAGGUGAUGUAGGUGACCAGGGCCCAGGAGGUGCCACAGGCCCUAAAGGAGAUCAGGGCAUCGCAGGUUCAGACGGUCUUCCAGGGGACAAAGGCGAACUGGGUCCCAGUGGUCCCAUUGGACAAAAAGGAGAGUCUGGCAGCCGAGGGGAGCUGGGCCCCAAAGGCAUCCAGGGCCCCAACGGCACCAGUGGAGUCCAGGGUGUUCCUGGCCCCCCAGGACCCCUGGGCCUCCAGGGUGUGCAAGGUGUCCCAGGCAUCACUGGGAAGCCAGGAGUUCCGGGUAAGGAAGCCAGUGAACAGCGCAUCAGGGAGCUGUGUGGGGGGAUGAUCAGUGAGCACAUCGCACAGUUAGCAGCACACCUGAGGAAGCCGUUAGCACCAGGCUCCGUCGGCAGGCCUGGUCCCGCAGGACCCCCAGGACCCCCAGGUCCUCCAGGUUCCAUUGGCCACCCCGGUGCUCGGGGGCCCCCUGGAUACCGUGGUCCCACUGGGGAGCUUGGAGAUCCUGGACCCAGAGGAAGCCAGGGCGACAGAGGAGACAAGGGCACAGCAGGCGUUGGACUGGAUGGGCCUGCUGGGGACCAGGGGCUCCAAGGGCCUCAAGGUGUGCCUGGCAUCAGCAAAGAUGGUCGAGACGGCACUCAUGGCGAGCCUGGCCUUCCUGGUGAUCCUGGCCUUCCUGGAGCUGUUGGAGCUCAGGGGACCCCAGGGAUUUGUGACACCUCAGCCUGCCAAGGAGCUGUGUUAGGAGGGGGUGGGGAAAAGUCAGGUCCCCGGAGCUCAUAAAGAGAACUUAAGUAGGAAAUGACGGUGACUUCAAUAAUGCACUCCAGCAGGACAGCAUGGGAUCAGCCACAUGGCUACCAGCACUGGACGGUAUGGCUGGCUACAGCCAGAGAGUCUACAAGUCCUUUCUGGCCUGCUCUUGACUCUUGAUGGUGGCUGCCCAUGCACGGGCCCUCAGAACAUCUACCGGGCACCGCUCUCUGUCCCAUCUGCAGUAUUUACAACAGCCAGUUCAUCUGUGACAGCAUACCUCAGACACAGACCCUAGGGAUGAGAUUAAACCCAGUACCUGGGAGGGAUUGGGGAGGUGUAUCUAAAAGUUGUACAACUACAUGAGAUAAAAAAACAAAACACUCGGCAACUUGUUUACACAGCAUUCGUAUAAAGACUCCCAAUAAAAUUGCCUGCUAUGUCUUGGGUUAGCACCUGGCUACAGUGUAACAAAGGUGAAGUGUUUAAUGUACAGUCUCUGCCUGUGUAACAACUUAACAUCCCUGGCCACCCAGUAUUUACUGAAGAACUGCACUGCACCAGUCUGUCACAGUAAAUAAAGCUACUCACUGGAAAA